AUGGCUACUUCAUAUCCAAGGAUAAUCCGUGGAAUCACCGUUGAUCGAUUGGAUAAGUUUACUUCACCUGAUUAUUUUUCAGACGUGAACCUAUAUUCUCAACUAUAUAAAAACCGAGUAAAUCCCACAACCUGCGAAGGUUGCAUUGAGCUUGCCGUUUUUUCUGUCCCAGACCUUAAACGUGUCACUUUUGAAGAAGCAAAAAACGCCCAUUAUAAGCCAUCAAAACUUGGCGAAAGUUUUGGUCCAAGUUGGUCAACUCAUUGGUUUCGUGUUAAUGUUCAAAUUCCGAAUAAUUGGGUUAAUGAAGAAGUUCAAUUAUUAUGGAAUGCAAAUAAUGAAGGAAUGGUAUGGACUAUUGAUGGACUUCCUCUACAAGGGCUUACUGGCGGAGGAGGUGAUGAUCGAAGGGUAGAAUAUAUUCUUACAAAAAAUUCCAAAGGUGGUGACAAAUUUGAAUUUUAUAUUGAAAUGGCAUGUAAUGGAAUGUUUGGCAAUGCUGAUAAUGGUGGUAUAAAUCCGCCAAAUCCUAAUAGAUAUUUCAAACUAGAGACAUUGGAAUUAGUGGUUCGAAAUGAGGAGGCAUGGAAUCUCUUUUAUGAUUUUCAAAUAAUCAGGGGCGUAGUUAAAGAUCUUCCUGCAAAUUCUGUGAGAUCCGCACAAGCUUUAACUACAGCAAACAGCAUAAUCAACAAAUUUCAACUUGGAAAUGAUGAAUCAAUUAAAGAAUGUAGAAAAAUAGCAAAGAAAUUUUUCGAGAAUAAAAAUGGUAGUUCCCAACAUAAUUUAAUUGCUGUAGGUCAUUGUCACAUAGAUACUGCUUGGCUUUGGCCAUUUGAUGAGACAAAACGUAAAGUGGCUAGAAGUUGGUCUACACAAAUUGGAUUGAUGGAUCAAUACCCUGAUUAUAAAUUUGUUUGCUCUCAAGCACAACAAUAUGAAUGGCUUAAAGAUUAUUAUCCUAACCUAUUUGAAAGAGUUAAAGAAAAGGCCGCAAAUGGACAAUUCCUACCAAUCGGAGGGACUUGGGUUGAAAUGGAUUGUAAUAUUCCAAGUGGCGAAUCAUUUUGUAGACAAUUUUUAUAUGGUCAACGAUUCUUUGAAAAAACUUUUGGUAAAAAAUGUAAGGUAUUUUGGCUUCCGGAUACCUUUGGUUAUUCAGCACAAUUACCACAAAUAAUUCAAAGUUCCGGAAUGAAAUAUUUCUUUACACAAAAAUUGUCAUGGAAUAAUAUUAAUAAGUUUCCAAAUACCACAUUUCAUUGGAUUGGGCUUGAUGGUAGUAAGGUUUUGACACACAUGUGUCCUAGCGAGACAUACGUUGCACAAUGUACAGUUGGAGAACUUGUCAAAAGUGUUAAUAAUCAUAAUGAUAAAGAGUAUAGUAAUGAAAGUUUACUUGUUUUUGGUAAUGGUGAUGGUGGCGGCGGACCAUUAUCUAGUAUGAUUGAACGAUUAAAUCGUUUAAAAGAUAUUGAUGGGCUUCCAAAAGUAGAGAUGGGAUCUGCAGACGAAUUUUAUGAAAGACUUGAAAAAAAUUCAAAGGAAUUGAUAGGUACCUAUACAUCUCAUGGAUAUGCAAAAAAAUACAAUCGUAAAUGUGAAUUAUUAUUGCGAGAUGUUGAAUUGCUCUCCACCAUAUCUUAUUAUACUGAACCAAAAGAUAACAAAUACCCUAAAAAGGCAUUAGAUAAAUUAUGGAAAAUUGUAUUAUUAAAUCAAUUUCAUGAUGUUUUGCCUGGAUCUUCAAUUGAAAUGGUCUAUGAUGAUGCAUAUAAGUUUUAUGAAGAAGUCGAGAAAGUUGGGAAUGAACUCUUGAAGGAAGUAGUCGAUGAUGUUUUGAAAGUAUCUUCAGUCACAGACAGUACUGAGAAGGGUCUAUUGGUUUUUAAUACAUUAUCAUGGCCAAGAGCAGAGAUAGUAAAGAUUCCAGCAUGUAAUGGAUUAUUAGGUGCCUUACAACAACAUUCUAAAGAUAAAGAAUCAGGAUAUGUUUUAGUUAAAGUUAAUGAAAUAAGUUCACAGGCCAUUGAUCCUAGUGAAGAAAUAAAGAUAAAUCCUGUAAAAGUAUUUGAAGUUAAUGAUGAAUUCUAUUGUUUGGAAAAUGAAUUUUUAAGUGUGAAGAUUGACAAACAUGGACGUAUAACUAAAAUUAUUCCUGAAGGCAAACUUGGAAAUGUAUUUAGAAUAUUUGAAGAUAUUCCAAUAUUUUGGGAUGCAUGGGAUGCAGGACUCGGGGUUGUUCAGAUUCAUGAAGAAGGACCAUUCUAUGCAUCACUUUUAUUGAAAACAAAUUUAACAAGAACAAGUAGUUUAGAACAAGUAAUCUCAUUAAGCGCAGUCUCUCGAAGGUUAGAUUUUGAAACAAAAGUUGAUUGGAAUGAAAAUCGGCAAUUCUUGGCUACAUAUGAAACACAAUUUGGAUUUAUUCAACGACCUACACAUUAUAACACAUCAUGGGAUUACGCUAAAUUUGAAGUAUGUGGACAUAAAUUUGCAGACUUGUCUGAAUAUGGAUAUGGCGUUGCUUUGAUGAACGAUUGUAAAUAUGGUUACUCUACUCAUGAUAAUGUCAUGAGGUUAUCAUUAUUAAGAUCACCAAAGGCGCCAGAUGCAAACUGUGAUAUUUGUAAACAUGAAUUUAAAUAUGCAAUUUUACCCCAUAAUAAAUCAUUUUUGGAAUCUAAUGUCGUUAAAGAAGCAUUUGUUUCUAAGGAAACAAUACGAAAGCAUGAGUCGAAAUCAUAUUUUUCGAUUGAAAAUGCACCGAAUGUAAUUUUGGAUACUGUAAAACGUGCAGAAGAUUCAAAUGAAAUAGUUUUAAGAUUAUAUGAGGCUUACGGUGGACAUGCAAAGGCUAAAUUAAAAAGUUUAUGUUUAACUAAUAUUUUAGAGGAGAAGCAAGAAGCUAUUGAUUAUAAUGUUAAAGAUGGAUCAAUUAUCAAAUUCAAACCAUUCCAAAUCAUCACAUUAAAAGCCACUUUGAGGUGA